AUGUACGGCACUUCCACUGGCCCUCAAACGGGCAUUAAUACUCCGCGAUCCUCCCAAUCCCUCCGCCCUCUUAUCCUCUCCCAUGGCUCCCUCGACUUCUCCUUCCUCGUCCCUACCUCCCUACAUUUCCAUGCCCAGGAACUCAGGGAUAACUUUUCCGCCUCUCUCCCUGCUCCCACAGAUGAACUUGCCCAGGAUGAUGAACCGUCCUCCGUAGAAGAGCUCGUUGCCAGGUAUCUGGGUUUUGUUGCAAGUCAAGUAGAGGAGGGCGAGGACGAUUCCCAGGGUUCCUAUCUCGAAGUAUUGAAGCUGCUCCUCAACGAGUUCGAACGGGCAUUCAUGCGGGGCAAUGAUGUUCAUGCAAUCGCAGGCUGUCUUCCAGGCAUCAGUGCAAAGAAAUUGCUCGUUGUUCAAGCUUACUAUGCUGGUCGUGCGGCAGCAAAUAGGCCCACAAAACCACACGAGUCAGCGUUGCUGCGUGCAGCAGCGGACGGCAAUGCGCGUCUGUACAGUGUGUUUGGAGGCCAGGGCAACAUCGAAGAAUACUUUGAUGAGCUGCGAGAAAUCUAUGUUACGUAUCCUUUCUUUGUGGAAGACCUCAUUUCAUCGUCCGCAGAAUUGCUUCAGUCCCUCUCGCGGGAUCCCGAUGCUAUUAAACUCUACUCUAAGGGAAUGGAUAUUGUUCGAUGGCUGCGGGACAGCGACUCACAGCCUGAUACCGAUUACUUGGUGUCUGCCCCCGUCAGUCUCCCCCUGAUUGGUCUAGUUCAGCUUGCCCACUUCAUGACAACUUGUAAAGUGAUGGGCAAACAGCCUGGUGAAGUCUUGGAGAGAUUCAGCGGAACUACAGGCCAUUCACAGGGUAUCGUCACUGCUGCCUUGAUUUCCACAGCUACCACCUGGGACUCGUUUGAAAAGGCUUCCAAAAACGCCCUGACCAUGCUGUUCUGGAUCGGAAUGCGCAGCCAGCAGGCCUACCCUCGAACUUCGCUUGCCCCAUCGAUUCUGCAAGAUUCAAUUGAGAACGGUGAGGGCGUGCCAACUCCAAUGUUGUCCAUUAGGGAUCUUCCCCGCCCAGCGGUCCAGGAGCAUAUCGAUGCCACCAACCAACAUCUGCCCAAAGACCGCCAUAUCUCCAUCUCCCUGGUCAACAGUGCCCGCAACUUCGUUGUGACUGGACCCCCCAUUUCUCUAUAUGGUCUUAAUCUUCGACUGCGCAAGGUCAAGGCUCCAACAGGCCUGGAUCAGAAUCGUAUUCCUUACACGCAACGAAAAGUCCGUUUUGUCCAUCGUUUCCUCCCCAUCACUGCACCCUUCCACAGCCAGUAUCUGGCCUCUGCUUUCGAACAAAUUACAGAGGACCUGGAUGAUUUGGUGAUUCCGUCCAAGUCGUUGCGGAUUCCAGUCUAUGAUACCAACACCGGUGAGGACUUGCGGGCCAAGGACGAGGAUAUUGUCCCAGCAUUGAUUCGCAUGAUCACCAGAGAUCCUGUUAACUGGGAGCAUGCCACUGUUUUCCCCAACGCUACCCAUUUGCUUGACUUCGGCCCAGGUGGUAUUUCCGGCUUGGGCGUCCUUACCAACCGCAACAAAGAUGGUACUGGCGUUCGAAUUAUCCUUGCUGGUGCCAUGGAUGGCACAAACGCAGAGGUUGGCUACAAGCCUGAAUUGUUUGACCGCGACGAGGAACAUGCAGUUAAAUACGCUGUCGAUUGGGUUAAAGAACAUGGUCCAAGAUUAGUAAAAACCUCUGUUGGCCAGACCUUUGUCGACACAAAGAUGAGCAGACUGCUCGGUGUAGCCCCCGUCAUGGUUGCUGGUAUGACUCCAACAACGGUCCCGUGGGACUUUGUGGCCGCGACGAUGAAUGCUGGUUAUCAAAUUGAACUUGCUGGUGGCGGAUACUAUAAUGCUAAAUCGAUGACGGAGGCUCUUAACAAGAUCGAGAAGAAUAUCCCUCCCGGUCGCGGCAUCACCGUUAAUUUGAUCUACGUUAACCCACGCGCGAUGGCCUGGCAAAUUCCCUUGAUUGGGAAACUGCGUGCUGACGGUGUACCCAUUGAGGGCCUAACGAUCGGUGCUGGUGUGCCAUCUAUCGAAGUUGCCAACGAGUACAUCCAAACACUCGGCAUCAAGCACAUUGGUUUCAAGCCCGGUUCCAUGGAUGCUAUCCAGCAGGUUAUCAACAUCGCCAAAGCCAACCCUACUUUCCCUGUUAUCAUGCAGUGGACUGGUGGUCGUGGUGGUGGCCAUCACUCGUUUGAAGAUUUCCACCAACCCAUCUUGUUGAUGUACAGCCGCAUUCGCAGAUGUGAUAAUAUCGUGUUAGUCGCCGGGAGCGGCUUUGGAGGGUCUCAAGACACAUAUCCUUACCUAACCGGCUCCUGGUCCCGGCAAUUCGGCUACCCUCCCAUGCCCUUCGAUGGUUGUCUCUUCGGCAGUCGCAUGAUGACUGCUAAGGAGGCCCAUACCUCCAAAGCCGCCAAACAGGCUAUCGCUGAAGCCGAGGGGGUUGAUGACGAUCGGUGGGAAGAUACAUAUAAGGGUCCUGCUGGUGGUGUGAUCACUGUCCGCUCCGAGAUGGGCGAGCCAAUCCAUAAACUGGCCACCCGCGGCGUCCGCUUCUGGCAUGAGAUGGACCAGAAGAUAUUCUCCCUGGACAAAGCCAAGCGUCUCCCUGAGCUCAAGAAGAAGCGUGAUUACAUCAUUAAGAAACUGAAUGCCGACUUCCAGAAGGUUUGGUUUGGACGGAACUCGGCUGGCGACACUGUCGAUCUGGAGGAUAUGACCUAUACUGAGGUGGUUCAUCGGAUGGUGGAGCUUAUGUACGUGAAGCAUGAAUCGAGAUGGAUCGACGACUCUCUGAAACGGCUAACGGGCGAUUUCAUCCGUCGUGUCGAGGAGCGCUUUACCUCUGUGGCAGGUCAACCGUCACUCCUGCAGUCAUACUCUGAGCUUGAUACUCCUUACCCAUCGGUUGAGAAGAUCUUGAGCGCAUACCCUGAGGCGGCGUCGCAGUUAAUUUCUGCACAAGAUGUCCAGCACUUCCUGCUGUUAUGCCAGCGUCGUGGCCAGAAGCCUGUCCCCUUCGUCCCCGCUCUGGAUGAAAACUUUGAGUUCUGGUUCAAGAAGGACUCACUCUGGCAAUCUGAGGAUCUUGAGGCCGUUGUUGGACAGGAUGUAGGCAGAGUGUGUAUUCUACAGGGUCCAAUGGCUGUCAAGUAUUCCAACACUGUCGAUGAGCCUGUGAAGGAUAUCCUUGAUGGCAUCCAUAAUGAUCACAUCAAAGGUCUUAUUCGCGACGUGUAUGGUGGAGACGAAUCCAACGUCCCUGUUGUCGAGUAUUUCGGUGGCCAGCUGCUUCUGGAAACUGAAGAGGAGCGUGAUAUCGACGGUCUUACCGUCUCCGAAGAUGCCAAUAAAAUCUCCUAUCGCUUGUCGCCUUCUACAUCUGCCAGCCUUCCUGAUCUCGACCGCUGGCUGCGUCUGCUGGCUGGCAAGACAUAUUCGUGGCGAUAUGCAAUGUUUACUACUGAGGUCUUUAUCCAGGGCCAAAAGUUCCAGACUAACCCCAUGAAGCGUAUCCUGGCACCCACGCCUGGCAUGUUUGUCGAAAUUCAAUAUCCAAACGACGCGAAGAGAACUUUCAUCAGUGUCAGGGAGCCCUCGCAAUCCGGGAGACUGGUCAAGACUGUCGAGGUACGAACAACCGGCGACAGAGAAAUCUCACUUACUCUGUUUGAAGGCCGGACUGCUGAGGGUGGUGUUGUACCCCUGUGCUUCCGCUUCACAUAUCACCCAGAGACUGGAUACGCCCCCAUCCGCGAAAUCAUGGAUGACCGGAACGACCGCAUUAAGGAAUUUUACUAUCGCAUUUGGUUUAGCGAUCGGGAUGUUCCUUUCGAUACCCCUGCAACUGCCACCUUCGAUGGAGGCAAGGCUACCGUUACCAGCCAAGCUAUUGCAGACUUUGUCCACGCUGUUGGCAAUACUGGAGAAGCAUUUGUCGAUCGCCCUGGGAAGGAAGUGUUUGCUCCUAUGGAUUUUGCUAUUGUUGUUGGGUGGAAGGCAAUUACCAAACCAAUAUUUCCACGCGUGAUUGAUGGAGAUCUUUUGAAGUUGGUUCAUUUGUCCAAUGGCUUCAGAAUGAUCCCGGGUGCUGAACCGCUUAAAGUUGGCGAUGUUCUUGAGACAACUGCACAGGUUAAUGCGGUAAUCAACCAGGACUCUGGGAAGAUGGUUGAGGUUUGCGGGACGAUCAAGAGGGAUGGCAAGCCGAUUAUGGAGGUCACGAGUCAGUUCUUGUACAGAGGAUCAUACAAUGACUUUGAGACCACCUUCCAGCGCAAGGAGGAGGUCCCCAUGCAGCUCCAUCUCGGUUCCUCCAAGGAUGUUGCCGUGCUUCAAUCCAAGGAGUGGUUUCGCCUCGAUGAACCUGACGUUGACCUUCUGGGCCAGACUCUUACGUUCCGUCUUCAGAGUCUUGUCCGCUUCAAGAACCAGACUGUUCUGAGCAGCGUGCAGACUAUCGGUCAAGUCCUCCUCGAACUUCCUACGAAAGAAGUUAUUCAAGUUGCUUCAGUGGAGUAUGAAGCCGGCACUUCUCAUGGCAACCCGGUCAUUGAUUAUCUCCAACGUCACGGCUCUGCUAUUGAACAGCCAGUUCACUUUGAGAACCCGAUCCCGCUCAGUGGGAAGACUCCUCUUAAUCUGCGUGCGCCUGCUUCGAACGAAACCUACGCUCGCGUUUCUGGCGAUUACAACCCCAUCCACGUUUCCCGUGUCUUUUCCAGUUAUGCAAAUCUACCUGGCACGAUCACCCAUGGUAUGUAUACUAGUGCCGCGGUGCGCAGUCUCGUCGAAACAUGGGCUGCAGAGAACAACAUUGGCCGUGUCCGCAGCUUCCACGCCUCCCUGGUUGGAAUGGUACUUCCCAACGAUGACCUCGUCGUCGUCCUCCAGCAUGUUGGUAUGGUAGCUGGCCGGAAAAUCAUCAAGGUGGAAGCAAGCAAUCAAGCGACGGAAGAGAAGGUACUGCUUGGUGAAGCGGAGGUCGAACAACCUGUCUCUGCAUAUGUCUUCACUGGUCAAGGAUCUCAAGAGCAAGGAAUGGGUAUGGAUUUGUACAACUCCAGCCCUGUCGCGAAGGAAGUAUGGGACCGUGCAGACAAGCACUUCAUCGAGAACUACGGCCUGUCCAUCAUCAACAUCGUCAAGAACAAUCCGCAAGAACUCACCAUCCACUUCGGCGGUCCACGAGGCAAAAUUAUUCGCCAGAAUUACAUGUCCAUGACUUUCGAAACGGUCAAUGCAGACGGCAGCAUCAAAUCUGAGAGGAUCUUCAAGGAUGUCAAUGAGAACAGUACCUCAUACACCUACCGGUCGCCCACUGGGCUUCUCUCCGCCACACAAUUCACACAGCCCGCUCUUACGCUGAUGGAGAAGGCCAGUUUCGAGGAUAUGCGGUCCAAGGGCCUUGUGCAACGCGACAGCAGCUUUGCCGGGCACUCUCUUGGCGAAUACUCUGCUCUCGCUGCACUUGCUGACGUUAUGUCCAUCGAGAGUCUGGUGUCCGUCGUGUUCUACCGUGGUCUGACGAUGCAAGUUGCCGUGGAGCGCGACGAGCAAGGUCGUUCCAAUUACUCCAUGUGCGCGGUGAAUCCGAGUAGGAUCUCCAAGACCUUCAACGAGCAGGCGCUGCAGUAUGUCGUGGAGAAUAUAUCCGAGGAGACUGGCUGGUUGCUUGAGAUUGUCAAUUAUAACAUUGCCAAUUUGCAAUAUGUUUGUGCUGGAGAUCUUCGCGCCCUCGAUACCCUCACAAACGUCCUAAACGUCCUCAAAGCUCAGAAGAUAGACAUCACCACCCUAAUGUCCACCAUGUCCCUCGACGACGUGCGCGCCCACCUGGUCGAAAUCAUCACCUCCUGCUCCCAACUCACCUCCUCAAAACCUCUACCCCUUACACUCGAGCGCGGCUUCGCCACCAUCCCACUCAAGGGCAUCGACGUCCCCUUCCACAGCACCUUCUUGCGCUCUGGCGUGAAACCGUUUAGAUCCUUCUUGCUGAAAAAGAUUAAUAAGACCACGAUUGACCCCAGCAAGUUGGUUGGGAAGUAUAUUCCGAACGUUUCGGCCAAACCGUUUGCGUUGACGAAGGAGUAUUUUGAGGAUGUUUAUCGGUUGACGAAUUCGCCGAGGAUUGGGAGUGUACUGGCGAAUUGGGCGAAGUAUGAGGAGGCGGGGGUUGGGGAGAAGGUGUAG